CGCGCCGGAGAGGGCAGGGGAACUGAAAGUAUAGCUGUCACGUCAAUUUAUAUGCUCCCAUGACUUGCUAUCAGCAGAAGUGCCUGUAAGUCCUGUGCGUCUGGAAUGAUGGAUAAGUUCAAAACGGUUCUUAAAAUUGUUGAGAAACAGCAGACUAGUCUCGGGUUUGGUUUAGUUGCGUUGUUAACUGCAGGCGGGGAACAUAUAUUUUCGUCAGUGGUGUUCAGAUGUCCUUGCAGCGGCUGGAACUUUUCCUACGGCAUGGUGUUUCUCUUAGUGCCUGCUCUGGCAUUGUUGGUGUUAGGUUACAUCAUGAGCAAUAAAACAUGGAAAUUGUUAACAGGAUUGUGUUUACGUAAAUCCAAAUUUUGUCAUUUUAAAAAUGUUUGCGCCUGUGGGGUGGUCUUCUUUCAGAUCACCACGACAGCACUAGUUGCACCUGUCAGUUGGAUUGCAGUCGCUUUGCUCAAUGGCAAUUACUUUGAAUGCGCCGUGACUGGCGUCAAUGUAACGGUUUUCACAAACCACCUUUGCGAUGGAAAGAGUCCGCAGUGCCAGGAUGAACUUUCUAAAUUCCCGUGCGGGAGAGCCACCCACGUGCCCCAAUCUGACAGCAAUGAUGUGCUGGCAACCAUCCGCGCUGAGUCGCAGAUCCUGGGUUGGCUACUGAUUGCCUCCAUCAUGGUCUUCAACCUCCUACUGACCUGUGUUGCCCGAUGUAACUCCCCAGUCAGCUACCUGCAGCUGAAGUUCUGGAGGGUCUAUGCCCAGCGGGAGAGUGACCUGCUGGAAAACUACACGGCAGAUCACGCCGAAAAGCUUGCAGAGAGGAACCUGAAGAGCUUCUUCCAGAAGACGCCUCCAGAGCCUGUCACAACCCCACCUAACCAGGCCUGGGAGAAGAUCUCGUCCCUCUACAGGUUCAGCACCAAAGACCACUACUACAGCAUCCUGCACAAGUACGUGGAGUGCCAUGACCCAGCACAGGCCAGGAACCACAGAAUGUCAUCUGUCAGGUCAGACGGUCCAGACACUGCUAAUCCAGCCGUGCUCGCCUUUGUGGAUGAGGGCAAGAUGAUGCUGUGAAUGGGCAUGCAUAUGAUCAUAGGAACAGCAUCACUAUCAUGACCCUAUCUGUAACCAUCCUUAUUAUUUUUAUCAUCAAAGUCAUGAUUCAUUAUAGAGGAUUGUUGUCAGCAUUCUAAUCUUCGUCAUCAUCAUCAUUAUCGCUGUGCAUCAGGGGAUUUUUCAGUAGAAAGACCAAUCACAUCUGAUUAACCACUCUCAGGUCUUCACUUGAAUAACAAUACUUCCCAAUUUUAUAUUGUUACUUGAAAGUUCACUCACUGUAUCACGAGUGCUGCUUGCAGCUUUUUAUUUGAAAUUCUAUGUUCAGAAGGGAUUUUUUUUAAAUAGUUGGUCAUACUUUCUUUCUCUUCUACUUUUCUUUUCACUUUAGCAUUUUUAUGCUCAGAGGCCAGGGACUUGACCUACAUACAGGUGUUCUGUGGUAUUAAACAGGAAACGCAUGGUCUGGUUCUAUGAAAUGGGGCGGCAGAUAGCCUAGUGGUUAGAGUGUUGGGCCAGUAACUGAAAGGUUGCUAGAUCGAAUCCCCGAGCUGACAAGGUAAAAAUCUGCCGUUUUGCCCCUGAACAAGGCAGUUAACCCACUGUUCCUAGGCCGUCAUUGUAAAUACGAAUUUGUUCUAGUUAACUGACUUGCCUAGUUAAAUAAAACAAUAAGGAGCAUAUUUACUUCCUAUUAGCUAGUGCACUGCAAAAUACUUUCAAGUAAAAGCCUGUUACCAGUGUACAUGUAGCAUCUUUAUGACGGUAACCCACAGUUGGACCUUACAAGCUUGGUCUCCAAAGUAUUUCUGCGUUAUUGUUAUUUAUAUUAUUGCACUGUAGACCGACCAUUGCCACAAGAGAACUGCGAUGAACAUCAGCUCUGAAUUGAAUGUAAACUUAGUGUAAUUGUUAGAUUUGUAUCUCUGUGUAAAGCUUAGGUAGUACUAGUCAGAGAUUGGCAGUAUUUCUGUUACAUGUAUUUGACAUACAGAUUUCAGUUACUUUUAAUAUAUAUAUUUUGAAUUGAAACUGUAACAACUUACUUCAGAGAAUGGUAUUUUGUAUUUUCUGACACCAAUGCAAACGAAUUUGAGGUAACAGGGGGCCCCAAAGAUCUGAAGACUAACAUAUACAUUGAUAAAUUGGUCAUUAGGGUAUUUUUUUAAUUUUGUAAUAAGAUACAUUUUGAUUUAGUACAUUUGGUACCUGAUCUGGCUAGUACAGCCCUGUUAAAAGCUUCUCUGUGGGAGAAAUCAAUGCACUCAGAGCCUUUUAGGGUGAGGAGAUUAUAGCUUCAGCCCGUGGGAAUUGUAGAGCAUAGAAACUCAUCACAGCCUUCUAUAGGAAGUGGGAGAGGAAACUCUUCUAUUUACCAACCACUGACUCAGAACACGUGUUUCAUCUGCUCAUUUCUCCUUUUUCUGAAACAAUGCAUAGGUCUUAUGCAAGUCUAAUGUAAUGUCUAGCUAGCUAUAUGAUUGUCUAUAAAACAGUGCUCUGUGUUAUAUUUUUGGGUAUGCAUGAUAUGCAUCUGCGGGAGGCUCCAUAGCUCAGUAUUAACAUUCUUGUUGAUUUCCAUUUAAUUUUGCAACUGCUAAUGAAUGCAGUGCAGCCUUAGUGCCGAAAUACCACAUUGCUUCGUGUGUGUGUGUUUAUGUGUGUGCGCGUUUUGUGCAUGUAAGAGAAAGGGAAAAAGAAAGAGAGGGCGAGAGAGAGAGCAAAGGGUGAUUUCAUAUAGUGUAUAAUGUUGUAUCUGGCUCAAGCUGUAUGUGAAUUUAAUACAGAUAAUAAAUCAUGUUGCUGAAAUCACUGUGCUGAACUGCUCAAAUAACUAUCAAAAUAAAUCUGGUUAAAGUGAA